GAAUUUUGUUCAGUCUUCUUGGGUAAACCACCGAGGCAGGGUGCACAGCUGGUGGAAGCAGCUUGGAUUGUUUGUCAGUCGAGUCAGUAGAUGAAAGGAGAGAACAUGGAUGCAGGGUUGAAGGUUCACAGCAAGGAGGUGGAAACUCUCGAUCCACACAAUGUGAUAGAAUCAACUGAAGUGGUCCAGGCACUGCUACAACAGAUGCAGGACAAGUUCCAGGCCAUGUCUGACCAGAUCAUCUCAAGGAUCGAUGACAUGGGCGGGCGGAUAGAUGAGCUGGAGAAGAGCAUCGCCGACCUCAUGACACAAGCUGGGGUCGAGGAGGCCGACAAGUAGUCUUCUAGAUCUGUCGCUGGGCGCUCGACCAUCAUGGCAGGAAUCGCCCAACAGUCUUCUGUGCACACGUGGUGGUGUUACAUAAACUCUGCACCUUUUUUGUGUAGUAUAGUUUGAAAGAACUGUUUUUGUUUGUCAACAUGUACUAUCAGUCUAUCAUUAUCUCCCUUCUGUGUGGUUUUAACUCACCGACAGUUUUUGUAUGCAGCCAAUUAUACAGUUCAGUAGACAUGCAUUUUUAAAGGGAAUUUUGUAGUCAUUUUACACAUGUACUGGUAGUAGCUUAUUUUGUGUGAACGUGUGGUACACUAAAGGUUCCAAAGCAGUGGUUUGUCCCUCCAACAGACCCAACAAGAUGUAAUCAUUUUGCAAUUAGAGAGAAAAUGGCCCAAAGAUUGACCAGUCUUGGUGGCAGUUAAUUUUACAGGGUGUGAUGAUUGUUAAAUCAAUAUAAUCAGUUUCUGUGACCUAGCUACUAUAUGUACUCCUUGGGUGUGAAGAGGAGUCUGUGUGCAUAAUUAUAACAACAUAUAAUAUCCUCUGGAAAAUAAUACCCUGUAAGUCUCGAAACAGCAAAUGUUGCAACAGAAAGAUGCCAAAAUAACUUUCUAGGCCAGAUGUGCACUGUUCCAUUCUCUUUGGUACAUUGUGUUACUCCACAAAUUCUAGUAAGAUACACCUUCUAGGGUAUAACCAAGAGCUGAUGGUGAUUUCAUCUAAGAUAUUACAGCUAACAACAUUGUACAUUGGAAAGACAACCUCCCCCAAUUAGAAGGGACAGUAGCAUCUGCUGCUGUGGAAAUGUAUCGCAAGGCAAUGGUGUUUCUUUAUCAGGAAUACUGUAAUUCAGUGCCUUCUUAACAGUUGCAGUCUGUUGUUUUUGCUCUGUUGUUGCCAUCCUUGAAAUUAAAAGGCACUGUUGACAAAUUGUCCCACAUGUCCAAAUAGCCUGUUCUGUAGUGAACCAGAUCUGUUGAAAGUUGAUAACCAAGCAUGGUUCAAGUAUUAAAACACUAUGCCUGACAGAGUACCCAGCUUUUGAAUAAUCCUACUCUUUUGUUGUGCACUUAUGAUUGAUUCUGUGUAACUUCUUUGUGCUGUUACCUGCUAACAAGAACAGAACAUCUGGAACAAGUCAAUGAUUUUAAACCUUUUGUACAAAUCUUGUGUGGGUGGAAUAAACAGGUCUAACAGAUCAC